UGCAUGAGUGAUCAACUGUAUUAAUCCAUUUGAUAUUUAUAUUGUGACCUGAAGCAGAACUCUGCAGAAUGGACAGCUGCUUUCAGUAUGAUGCCAGAGCCGGUCAGGGCCACAUCACCUGCUGCCGCUGUCACUUAUCAAGUAUCACUGUCAUCCCGACUACCUGUUUCAUAUCCGAAUUCGCCGGAUCAUAUUGUCACACUGUCAUCAGAAGUGUAUAGAAGAUCCACAAACAGAAGACGCCUUCUACGGUUUCGUUGUUUCUACGCUUCAACUGUUGCCAUUUGACUUGGUGAAGUUUGUUUUAUUAAAGAUGAACUGUAAUAAAUGGCUCGACGGUAAAGAGAAAUAUUAGACAACUGUCAGAGACAAACGUCGUGAAGUUUCAAGAGAUGCCAGACCAAGGUCAGUUUGCUGUUAUAGAUUUAGUGACAUAUUUGACAGAGAUAAAGAAAUAUAUUUGUUAAAUGAUGCACAUAUAUGUAAGUCUUUUUAAAUUAAUCAAGAUAAUGUCACCAACUAGGACUGCUAAAUGUAACAAAGUAUUAUUUUAACAAGUACAGAGUAACAAACUAAUACUUAUAUAAGCAAAACACAAUCGGGAGCAAGAUGCCGUCAUCCACGGGCAGUGGCACCCGUCCGGCGUCUCCUUCACCUGAUUCCAGUGUCAUUGUGGCCCCAAAUCGAAGUCCCAGUACUAACAACAACAAGAAAAUCUUUCUUAACAGUACUGCCAACAAUGGAUUUCUUAGGGUACUGUCAGCAAACAAUUCACCAACAGGAGUAACCGAAAAUAGUAAUGACACUUCGAGGAAAAAUUCUUCGACGUCUGAAAAGCAUGACGAAGAGUUGCAGCAAUUGCUUGGAGUUUGUGGUGAUGGUGGUUUUGUUGUCGAUCCGGAAACACAACAGAAGCAAGAAUUAAGGAUAACAGAGAAUCCCUUACUGAAGAGGAACCCUGCAGGAAGUCCCAUUUCCUUGGCUCUGUCUGAUGUUUCGUCUGGCUUGACGCAACCAACAGUAACCACUGUAAUCCGUUAUGAAGAGCCAACGCCUGGCUGCUGGCUGUCGAGGCGGAAGGCCAACCCCACAAGAAGAACGUCGGUGGAGCGGUACGUCGUUAUGGUCGUCGUCCUCCUUUUGAUCGCCUGCCUCGGCUUCCUGAUCUUCGGUUACCUCCUUCGGCCAGAUUGCAGCGAUGCUGCCAUUUCAAGGAAGGUCUGCUUGACGGAAGAAUGUGUGAGAACAGCCGCCUCACUGCUGGCUGCGAUGGACCGCGCGGCGAAUCCUUGCACUGACUUCUUCCAGUUCGCCUGCGGAACCUGGAACAAGAAACACGUCAUCCCAGAGGACAGGAGCAGCAUCAGUACUUUCGAGGUGCUUGCAGACCAACUACAGGUCAUCCUUAAAGGAGUUUUGGAAGAGCCAAUCAAUGGGCACGAUAGUGAGGCAACGCAAAAGGCGAAGCGAUUCUACAACUCGUGUAUCAACAUACCCCAGAUCCGGAAGUUAGGAGAUGGCCCUCUGCGUGAAGUUCUGGCGUCCCUAGGAGGUUGGCCAGUGACUCAACCGAACUGGAAACCACCCGAAUUCUCCGUCGAAACAUUAUUGGGUCGUCUGAGAGGGGAAUACAACGAGGGUGUGCUCAUCGAGCAGUGGGUCGGCCCUGACGACAAGAACUCCUCGGUGAACAUCCUCCAGUUGGACCAGAUGCAGCUGGCUUUACCCAGCAGGGAUUACUAUCUGAAAGCUGAUUCUGAAGGUGAUUUAAAGGCGUACCAUCGCUACAUGACCGAGGUGGCAAAGCUUCUGGGCGCUAACGCCAGCCAAGCAGCUGAGGAACUCCAAGAGGUUAUCCGAUUCGAGAAGGAACUCGCCAAUGCGUCACUACCGGAAGCAGAUCGUCACGACACUAGUGCCAUCUACAGAAAGUUGAGUCUGGCUCAGCUUCAGAGAGAGGUGCCGCAGUUGAACUGGCUGGAGUACCUGUCAGCGUUUCUUCAUGCGGACAUCGACCACAGCGAACCUGUCGUCAGCUAUGCUAUGCCCUACUUCGUGGAGAUGGGGCGAAUCAUCCAGAAGACGGAUCGCAGGGUGAUUCACAACUACGUGCUAUGGCGGCUAGUGAUGAACAUAAUGCCACACAUGAUUGACGAGUACCAACAGAAGCGCGUUGAAUUCCGCAAGAUCCUCCUGGGCAUCCUUAGCGACAGAAACCGUUGGAGCCAGUGUGUCGAGUGGACCAACAAGAAACUUGGGAUGGCGGUCGGUGCCCUCUUCAUCCGAGACAAUUUCAACCACGACAGCAAGGAGACGGCCCUAGAGAUGAUUCAUACCAUCCGGGAAGCGUUCAAUGAGCUGCUGGCAGACAAUGACUGGAUGGAUGACGAGACGCGAGCCGUCGCCAAGCAGAAAGCCGACGCCAUGAACGAGCGCAUCGGCUAUCCAGAGCUUCUCACUGACCCAGACGAGCUCACCAAGGAAUAUGUAAUGUUGAACGUGACUGAGGACAAGUUCCUGGUGAACAUUCUGAACGUGUUGCGGUACGAUGCAUACCACAACCUGCUGAAGCUACGUCAGCCUGUCAACAAGGAUAAGUGGUCCACAGAGCCCGCCGUUGUGAACGCUUUCUACAAUCCCAACAAAAAUGACAUCGUAUUUCCGGCUGGAAUCCUUCAGCCUCUUUUCUACAGCCAACACUUCCCAAAGUCUCUGAACUAUGGUGGUAUCGGCGUUGUGAUUGGUCACGAGAUUACACAUGGUUUUGAUGAUAAAGGGCGGCAGUUCGACAAGGACGGCAACAUGAUGCAAUGGUGGAACAAUGUAACAAUCCGCGCCUUCCGAGAGAGGGCACAGUGCAUCAUUGACCAGUAUUCCAGGUACAAGCUUGACGAGGUGGAUUUGUACGUGAAUGGCCGUAUGACUCAGGGUGAGAAUAUUGCUGACAACGGGGGACUCAAGCAGUCUUUCAGGGCUUACAAGAAAUGGGUAGCGAAACAUGGGGAAGAGCCGAGCCUUCCUGGAAUCAACCUCACACAUGACCAAUUGUUCUUCCUCAACUAUGCGCAGAUCUGGUGUGGCUCUAUGAGGCCAGAGGACGCUCUCACGAAGAUACGGUCAUCGGUCCAUUCUCCUGGCCCCAUUAGAGUACUGGGCCCACUAUCGAACUCCUGGGACUUCGCAAAAGCUUUCAGCUGUCCUUUGGGAUCUCCCAUGAAUCCACGACAUAAGUGUUCUGUGUGGUAAACGGGAGAAGUACCUCAGGAGCAAGUUUGUAUCUCUAAGGUUCUCAUAUUUGCAAGUGUAACAAUCAUUAUUACAAACUCAAAAUGAGCGAUUAAUAACAGGCGCUUUAGUGGAAGCUGUUGGCGUUCCUCUCAUGCUUACUGAACCAACGAACGCAACUAUUGCCCCAAAUCAAAGUGAAUUACGAUAGUCAUCCCGUUUGUUGCGAGUAAUCGAUAAAUAUCGUGAGCUACCUCAUAGCUUGAGUGAUUAUUGGAUAGAUACAAAAUAUAAGAUACUAUAUUCAGUCACCUCGUUUGAUUCCUUUAUCUCGAGACAACUAUUCUUGGGGAAUUAUUUUCUGAAGUCUACUGGAUAAAAGUGAAGGUUUUAUUUGAAUCUAUGACAAAAACCGUAGAAAGUAAAGGAAGUUUCUUUACGUUGUAUUUGUCAUAAAAUUUCACGUUAUUUACAACCUUAUGUUGAUGUACACAGGUACAAGAACAUACCAAUGACGGAUUAUUACAAAAAUAAUGCAUAAUAAAUUAAUAUAAGGAAUUAAUCUCAAGUACAUAAACUGAAUACCUAUUAAGAUAUGAAGAAAUGAAAGAGAAAUCUGUGCAUUACCAAUAUCUGAUUCCAAAACACGUGACAAAGUAUUACAUUAAACCCAUUAGAAGGAUAGAACAUAUAUUUUGGAUAUUUAAGAAUAUGCUGCUGAGGAGAAUAUUUGGAAUUAAGAAGGAGGGAGGAACAGGAGGCUUAUGAAAAAUGCAUAAUGAUUUAGUUAUUUAUACUUCUCGCGAAAUAUUAUUAGGAUGAUGUCAGAGAGAAUGAGAUAAGCAGAAGAUGUAGUAAACAGGGAGCUGAGAGCAACAUACAGAAUUUAGUUGGGAAAUCUGAAUGUAAGAAUUUACUUUGAAAAAUUUGCAUAGACGAAAGGGGAAAGAAAUGGAUUGGGCAUGGGUUGGAUUCAUGUGGCUCAGGUGAGGGAUCAGUGACUGAAAAUUAAAAACAUAGAUUUCUUGAGAAGUUAAGGGACUAUACGUUUCCCAAGAUGGACUCUGCUCCAUGAAGUUAGUUGGGAUAUGAAGAAAUCUGAAAUAUCAUUGCUUUUCAAUUAUAAGUGAUAACGGUCAUGAUUAGUUUACAAUUUUUAAACCUUAAAAUAUUGACAUUUAGUAAAAUUAUAUUGCUUUUUGUACACAGACGAAGAAGGUGAUGAGGAAGACAGACACUACUGUUUUAAACCUUAAAAUAUCUUCUAUAUAAAUCUGAGGGGCUGGUCAGAUUACAAGACAUACAAAUUUACUAUAGUGCCUGCAUUCAGGUGCUGAGACAACGCUGUAAAACAUACCUGCUCUCAUUAGAAUUUAUACUUGUUUACUGCAGUUCUUUUAUCUUGUAUUGGGCCAACACUGUAGAACGUACCUGCUCUGAUUACAGUUUAUACUUGUUUACUGCAGUUUCUUCAAUCUUCUGUUGGCGCAACGCUGUUGAACAUACCUUCUCUGAUUAGAGUUUAUACCCUUUCACUGCAGUUCCUUCAAUUAGGAUAAAGCUAAAGCAG